GCUUCGUGCUUCCGACGCAGUGACGACCCGGAACAAGAAAUAUCGAUAACUGUGAUAUCACAGCGCGUCUAAGGUCAGAAUCUCUCUCUCACAGCCAUCUUGGAUCCCGAGUCCUGACCUAGCAAACAUGCCCGGUGAAGCCACAGAAACUGUCCCAGUGACGGAGCAGGAACUGCAGCAGCCACAAGUGGAGACGGCCACACCCUCUGCUCCUGCUGCAGCUGCUGCAGCUCCUGCCAAGCCCAAAGAGGGCAAGGCAGGACACAAGUCCUCCUCCCCGCGCUCCACUGCCCCUAAAGCUGUCCCUUCUGGCAGAAGGAAACGCUCCUCACUGUCUGCUUCCUCUUCCUCCCCUACCUCUCCCAAAUCUUCCUCUGGUACCCGCGGCACCCCUAUUUCCCCCUUGGCCUCUCCCCUGGCCUCCCCACCAGUUGGCUCUCCAGGGUCAAGUCAUGGAGACAUGGCCGCACCCAAAGUGGUCAAGGCCAAACAGGUGAAGCCUAAGAAGACGGAGGCCUUUAAGCAUGUUAUGUCGGAAGUCCCAGCUGCUGCACCAGCAGUUUGUGUUACUGCCCCUCAGCCCCCCAUUUUGUCUGCUCCAGUUGAGUGCAAAGUGACUGAGGUUGAAGCCAAACCAUUAGUAGUUGAGCCCAUGCCUGUAGAAGUUAAACCCAAAGUAGUUGAGGCUAUGCCUGUAGAAGUUAAGCCCAAAGUAGUUGAGGCUCUUCCAGUAGAAGUUAAGCCCAAAGUAGUUGAGGCUAUGCCUGUGGAAGUUAAGCCCAAAGUGGUUGAGGCUCUUCCAGUAGAAGUUAAGCCCAAAGUGGUUGAGGCUCUUCCAGUAGAAGUUAAGCCCAAAGUGGUUGAGGCUCUUCCAGUAGAAGUUAAGCCCAAAGUGGUUGAGGCUCUUCCAGUAGAAGUUAAGCCCAAAGUGGUUGAGGCUCUUCCAGUAGAAGUUAAGCCCAAAGUAGUUGAGGCCAUGCCUGUAGAAGUCAAGCCCAAAGUGGUUGAGGCUCUUCCAGUAGAAGUUAAACCGGUAGUGGUUGAGGCUCUUCCAGUAGAAGUUAAGCCCAAAGUGGUUGAGGCUCUUCCAGUAGAAGUUAAACCGGUAGUGGUUGAGGCACUUCCAGUAGAAGUUAAACCGGUAGUGGUUGAGGCACUUCCAGUAGAAGUUAAGCCCAAAGUGGUUGAGGCUAUUCCAGUAGAAGUUAAGCCCAAAGUGGUUGAGGCACUUCCAGUAGAAGUUAAGCCCAAAGUGGUUGAGGCUAUUCCAGUAGAAGUUAAGCCCAAAGUGGUUGAGGCUCUUCCAGUAGAAGUUAAACCAGUAGUCGUUGUGGCCGAACCAAUUGAGGUUAAACCCAAAGUGUCUGAGGCCAAGCCAAUUGAAGUUAAAGAAAAGCCAUUGUUUCCUCUCCCUGAUCUGCCAGCCUCUCCCAAAAUGGCAGCCUCUCCUGUGUCAUUCAAAAUUACCUCUCAACCAGCUGCUCCAGCUCCCAAGUCUUUUGCUGAAGCUGUGGCUUGUAGUCCACCUAAAAUGGCACCUAUGUCUCCCAAGAUUGCCCCUGAGCCUCCUACAGUUGAACCUGUGCCUGUGGUGGUUGCUCCACCAACUGAAACCAAGCCUGAGGUCAAGCCCUCAGUGUUUGCACCUCUCCUUGAUAAUGAUGAUGAUGAUCUUCCCCCACUUAUCCCCCCUGAGAAGCCAGUUACUAUGCCUGUCUUCCAGCCCCCAACAGUUGAGCAGGCUCCACCAAAAGCCGCUCCUGUUGUUGCCACCGUUGCCCCCCCAGCAGCCCCAGAGGCUGCCCCUGCACCUGCCCAGAAGCCUGUGGCAGUGCCUGCCCCCGCUGAAGAACCAGCCCAAAAGCCCACUCCUACACCUGCACCUGCCCCAAAGCCUGCCCCCGCUCCAGAACCAGCCCAAAAGCCCACUCCGGCACCUGCCUCUAAGCCAGCCCCUGCUCCAGAACCAGCCCAAAAGCCCACUCCUACACCUGUAGCUGCCCCAAAGCCUGCCCCCGCUCCUACCCCAGCUCCCACUAAAGCCCCAUCAAAACCGGCGCCUGUGAUCAAGAACGACAAGGGGUCUGGCACCGAGUCCGACAGCGAUGAGUCCGUGCCCGAGCUGGAGGAACAGGAUUCCGCACAGACACAGACGGCGCAGGCGCAGCUUGCAGCUGCUGCCGAGAUCGACGAGGAGCCAGUCAGCAAAGCAAAACAGAGCCGGAGUGAAAAGAAGGCCAGAAAGGCUAUGUCCAAGCUGGGUCUGCGCCAGGUCACUGGAGUUACCAGGGUAACCAUCCGCAAGUCCAAGAACAUCCUGUUUGUCAUCACCAAACCAGACGUGUACAAAAGUCCCGCUUCAGAUACCUACAUUGUAUUUGGUGAGGCUAAGAUUGAGGAUCUGUCACAGCAAGCCCAGCUGGCAGCGGCAGAGAAGUUCAAGGUGCAGGGAGAGGCCGUUUCAAACAUCCAGGAGAACACACAGACGCCCACCGUACAGGAGGAGAGCGAAGAGGAAGAGGUUGACGAGACUGGGGUCGAGGUGAAGGACAUUGAACUCGUGAUGUCACAAGCCAACGUAUCGCGGGCAAAGGCUGUACGGGCCCUGAAGAAUAACAACAACGACAUCGUCAACGCCAUUAUGGAACUGACGAUGUAGGAGGGCUCCAGACGGGGAUUGAAAUGAGAUGUUGCUGAUUUACUCUAUUAUUUGUACACUUUAUACCCAAGCGAAAUAAAGGUGUGGCUUGACAAAAAGUGAA